UAUAAAUGUUGAAAUUUAAGUUAUUAAAUUCGGUACACCUGGUACCCAAGAUUUGGAGACUAGUUUUCGGAGCAGUGCUUCCAGCUUGUGUGAUGGCAGGAGACACCAUACAAAAAUCUCUAUUCCAGACUGAUUCUCUCCAGGACAGUUUUGUCCCAGAAUCUUCGGGGGUGAUUAUCGCCAAUUUUUCUGGGAUAGAUAAAUUUAUGUGCACGUAUCAAUGUGCUUUCAAUCUUAAAUGUGAGGGUUUUGGUUAUAAUCUUGCAAAGAAGGAAUGUCAUCUAAUGAUUAUUUCUCUUUACGGAUUAAACAUUAAACAAAGUCCAGGAUGGCGAUUUUACAACAUCAAAAACGCUUGUGAAUACGGCUGGACUGAGAGAAGCGGACAUUGUUACUUUUGUAACCAAACUCGAUCGAAUUGGAACGUUGCCCAGGCGACCUGCCAGACACAUGAUGCGUAUCUUGUAGAAAUCGGUGACCAAAGGGAAAAUGAAUGGAUUACAGAAAAAUUUCUCCAAAGUUUGGGAACUUCUAUUUGGUCCGGAGGUCGUGAUGACGUCACUGAAGGUGUAUUUGUUUGGCAAUAUUCCAAGUCAUCACUAAGUUUUACGAAUUGGAUUCCCGGGGAGCCAAAUAACGGCGUAUUGGCCAAUUGCCUGGAGAUUCGAAAACAAGGCGUUUGGAGUGAUGCUUACAGCAGUGAUAAACUUCCCUUCAUUUGCGAGAAACUUGCGUAAUUAUACAAAAGCCGGAAUAAACAAAAGGCUGUAAUCCUUUUCAAUUAUUACCAGCUAAAAAAUUAUUUACACUUUUUCUACAU